CUGUCAUCUUCUGUUAUGACUUAUGACAGUGACAAGUCUAAUUGACAAAUGUACAUUAUUUUUAUUAUAAAAUCUAGAAAUUGGAUGAUUUUUACUACCCUUUAAAUGUGUUGUAACUUUUAGUUUUUAAGAAUUUCCAAAAUGAAAUCUUACACAUUGUAUUCCUGCUUGUUUUUAGCAAGCACAUUUGUUUUAAUCAACGCACAAUCGUAUGAAGACAAGAGGUGCAAAUGCAUUUGCCCUAGUAUAUCUUCCGUAUUAAACAAUACGGAAUUUAAAAAUCACACUUCUAGGAUUAUGUACGUUACUAACGUCCCUCCAAAUCAAUGCAAUUGCGAUGGUGUAAUCCUACCUAGAAUUGGUGCAGAUAUUGGAAGCAGAGAGCAAGAGUUCUGCCCGAGGUGCGUUUGUAAAUACGAGAAUCGUAACACGACCAUCAUUAAAGUCGUUGUUAUCAUUGUCAUAUGGGUUAUUUCCAUACUAGUUAUUUAUAUGGCAUUUUUAAUUAUCCUGGAUCCACUACUGAACAAGAAAAUAAAAGGGAAUUAUCAGGAACAUACAAACGAAGAUGAUGAAAUAUCAGCUGGUCCCAUGUCUCAUAAUAUGAGCGUAAGAGGUAACGUGUUAAACAGGGUUGGUCAUCAACAAGAUAAAUGGAAGAGGCAGGUGAAAGAGCAAAGAAAAAAUAUAUACGAUCGUCAUACCAUGUUGAAUUAAUUGUAAAAUAUUCCAUUUCUAAUAAAUUUUAUGUAUAUACUUAAGUAUACUCGUAGGUGUAUUAAAAUAGGUACAAAAGAUACUGAAUAUUGUUAAUUCUACUUUGUAAGUAUUAAGGGAAUAAAUAAAAAC